AUGAGUGACGAACAACAGGAGAGCUGGUGUCCGACGCGACGGCACUGCAUGCGAACAUCAUUUGCGCAAAGAGAAACUCUCACAAAACUUGUGCUGGUCGACGGCAAAACUACUCGGGAAGCCGCUGAAGUCGCCGGUGUUAACGCAAGUACGGCAAGGAACAUCAUUAAUGCCUACAAGCGAGAAGGCUCAAAUACACAGCGCACCUGCGGUGGAAACAAUAGGGAGAAGCUGACUCCCAAUGUAUUGCAGCGCGUCGAAGAAGCGGUUGAACGGCACUCUGAGGACACGUUGGUGCAGCUGCAGAUGCGCCUGAGAGAGAAUGGGAUAAACCUAUCAGUAUCCUCUGUCUUCAACGCCCUCAGAAGACUAAAGAUAACUAUCAAAAAGUGUCGUUACGAGCUCGACCGAGUCAACAGUGCCAUGACAAUCGCUAGCCGACAGGC